AUCGAACGGACGUACGUACGGCCAGCCUUCCAAUCGACGACCGACCUCGGCAAGCUAGAUCGAUGGGUCCGAGCAACGUGAUCCAGGCCAAGCUGGUGCUUCUGGGAGACCUGGGAGCCGGGAAGACCAGCAUCGUGGUCCGCUUCGCCAAGGGGCUCUACUACGAUUGCCAGGAGUCGACGAUCGGGGCGGCCUUCUUCUCGCAGGCGCUGGCCGUGCGGAGCGGUGGCGCCGGAGGGGAGGAGGACACCGUGCGGUUCGACAUCUGGGACACCGCCGGCCAGGAGCGCUACCACAGCCUCGCGCCCAUGUACUACCGCGGCGCCGCCGCAGCCGUCGUCGUCUACGACAUCACCAGCACGGAUUCGUACAUUCGAGCAAAGAAGUGGAUAGACGAGCUUCAGAGACAAGGGAACCCACAUUUGGUGAUGGCGUUAGUGGGCAACAAGGUCGAUUUGGAAGAGAAGAGGCAGAUCCGGACGCAGGAGGCGUUGGAGUACGCGGAACGGAACGGCCUCUUCUUCGUGGAGACGUCGGCCAAGACGGCGCACCACAUCAGCGAGCUCUUCUACGAGCUAGCCCAGAGACUGGUGAAAGUCCGGCCGAACCGUCCGGCGGGGAUGAUCUUGCACGAAGGCCGGAGGAGCGGCGGCGGACGGUGGUUCUGUUGCUCCGGAUGACCGAUGGCCGCGCUGCCGGGCAGUAGGAAGCGUCUUCCUUUGUGGAAAACGUAUUUCCGUUGAACCCGCUUUCCUCGUAUGUUUACAUCGAAUAGAUCGUUGCUCGUGUAUGUGCAUUAUCUAGCGAGUACGUACAUGCUAAUGUAUAGUAUUGUGUGGCAUGAGAUUUGGGUAAUGGUUGUACACAUACGUGUAUGGCACUAUUUGGUCAUAUGCAUGGCUAAGCAUUUUACGGGAAGUGACAA